AUGGCGUCGUGGCACCAGCCCCCCUCACAGUAUAGUGAACCUCCCGAGCACAGGCCGCCUCCACAGGAUCUUCCGCCUCAACAGUCAUAUCCGCCGCCAGGCCAUCAUCCCCCUCCGCCGCAUUCUCAAACCCCAUACCCUCAACCACCCACCAGGGAGAAUUCUGGACCCUAUCCUCCAGAUCCUGCCUACAGCCGUCAGGGCAGUGUGUCGGCUCCAACGAGGUCGCCCGCUGAGCCGCAGCACAAUCGAUAUCCUCCUCCAGGCUCUGCGCCUCCACCCCAUGAAUCGCCAUAUUACUCGCAAGCGGCAGCACCUGAAUAUCACCGACCCCCGGUACCAUAUGGGCCUCCAGAUUCGCAGCCCAACGGCACGCAUCCUCCACCCCCUCUCCACGUUCAAACCGGACAUGAGAUGAUGGGCGGCCAACCUGGCGCGCCACCUCCACCCCAUUCUCACCAUGGUUACGGUCAUGCGCCGCCACAUUCAGCACCCCCUCCGCCGACUCCGGGAGGAUAUUAUCCCCAAUAUUACGAUAGUGCCCAGCAGAGGAGGAAACCCGUCCGAGCAGCACAGGCUUGCGAUUCGUGUCGACAACGCAAAGCUAAAUGUGAUGAAGGUAGACCGGAAUGCCAACACUGCAAAGACAACAACUUGAAAUGCACAUAUCGAGAAAUGCCACCUCAGAAAUCGGAGAAACAAGUCAUGCAGAUUACCGAAAAACUUGAAUCUUUGGCUGACAACGUCAAUCUCCUCGUCGCCAAUCAGAAAUCACAGCAACAGCAAAUACAGAAACUACUCGAUAUGCAAAGCGCUUUGGGCGGCAACUCAACCAAUUUUCAAUCGUCGCAGACUGUUCCACCUAGUCGACCACCCAUGCCGAAUUUCAAGAGUGAGGAAACUCAAGCUCAUGCGCGAGCAAAUUUUGAGGAGACAGCUGAUAAAGAGGAGGGUGAUCCGGAAGACAAGGGAGAAAAAUUGGAGUAUUCGAUGCCGCCAAAACACACAACUGCUGUACACCACAUGUUCGAGUGGCCACUGAUCCAAGCACUUAUUCCGAAGAAUCAAUCCAACACUUAUGUAAUGGACACUGAACUGAGCCGCGGUCUCCUUCGCCUUUACGGAUGCGGAGAGGGCGAAGACAAAGGUGACGGACAUGAGGGCGCUCCAAGUCCAGCCAAUAGUCAAUCUUCAGAAGGACGAAUAAUCGACGACGAGACCACAUCCUCUUCACCUCAUGGUGUGUGGGGCAAUGGACAGCUGCCGCCACCUCCCACUUCGAACGAACAGAACGCCCGGGAACACCCUGGCGGUCUGAGUCCCCGAGGCGGGCUGAUGCUGGAUUCUGAGGCGGUCGACUUAUACUUUCGAAGCUACAUGGACAACAUGCACAUUCUCCACCCGUUCCUGGAACCUAGAGUUCUUCGCAAAAUGAUCCACGAUUUUAAAAGAAAGUACAGCUGGGAUUAUCGUCCUCACCAUGCGACGGCUCAGGUUACUGGGGCCAAGCGAAAACGAGAGGCGACGGAUUCGCCAACGCCUCUGGACGAAAUUCCAUCCACUUUUGCCGGAGGUCGUCCGCACAGUCGGGCGGUUAAUAGCAGCAUGAUUGAGCAUUCGGUGGCCAAUGCAAUCGUCCUCCUGGUGAUUGCCUUGGGUAAGGUGUGCGGCCACAAAGAGCCACUUCCCGGGCCUGCUUCCACCGCGACCAUCCGUACCUCAACGCCUCAUACAAUGUAUUCGACACUGUCAGACUUGCCGCACAACAACACCAAAUCCGCUCCCGCUUCCCCAUAUCACCAGCCUAACGGCAACCACGCGGCGGUGGCUGUGUCCAGUCCAAGCAACCCGCAAGGCAAGAACAUGGAUGUGAUCCCUGGUCUUUCAUACUUUGCGAAAGCUGCAGAUAUCAUUGGGGAGCUACCAGGUGGCGUGGAUGUGUCACACAUUCAGGCCAAUCUGCUUGCCGGACUCUACAUGGGACAACUGGCGCGCAUUAUCGCUAGCCACUACUAUAUCUCGGUGGCUUGCCGCGCCUGCCAGAUUCUCAUCGAGUCUACCGCUUAUCGACGGAACGAAAUGAGCAAAAGCCGCCGGAACUUGAUCAAUUUUGCUUUCUGGAGCUGUCUUCAACUUGAGAGCGAUAUUUUGGCCGAAGUCGAAUUACCGCCAAGUGGAAUCACCCGUUACGAAGGACGACAGCACCAGGAGAUGCCCAAUAAUGUGACGCUUGACACCAUACCUGAAGGUGGGCGGGAAGACAUUCUGCGGUUCUAUUCGUACCAGAUUCAGCUGCGACGAACGAUGAACGACAUUCAUUCCAUGCUUUACCGACGAGCGCCUCGGCAAAACCCGAAACCAGUUCUCGCUUUGGUCGGUGUACUUGAAACCAACCUUCAAUCGUGGCGAGCCAUGCUGAUGGACUGGGACUGGGAUGACGAUGAUCACGAAAGCCCCCACAUCAACAUGGCUCGUAUGCGAGCUAAGUACUACGGUGCGCGCUACAUCAUCCACCGACCAAUGCUGCACUUUUGCUUACGCAUGACCGCACCCACGACUCCCAGCAUCAAGCAUUCCGAUUCGCCACAAGCUUCCGAUCCUUCGGCUUUCCCUUCGCCUAUCCAGCCAGGGUACUCGCCUGCGGGCCGUGGCCGUCGCUAUAGCGAGAUGGGACCGCCGAGUCUGGGUCGUGCGCCUAUUCCGAUCGCCGAAGAGAUCCUCACAUCUGCGAGAAAGUGCGUUCAGGCGGCUAUCAGAAGUACGACAUCAUUCGACAAGGUGCCGAAGCGUCUCAUUAUCACCAAUAUCUUCGGCACUGCACAUGCUCAAUUCGGUAAUAUGCUGGUCUUGGCCGCAACCUACACCUCUCCACAUCCUGACCUCUCCUCCAUGGUCAACGAAAGCACACUACGGCAUCUGUUCCAUCGAACACUUGGUAUCCUCCAGGCUAACGAAAGCAUCUCGCCCGUCUUGGCCAAGGAUUUCCGUAUCCUCCAACAGGUUCGAGCAAACGUCUUCCCGGACACUAAACCGAGCAUGUCUUCUAGCUUUUCAAGUCGAUGA